AUGGAGCAUCGCACUGAUGUUAAAGUUUUAGGUGUCUCGAGAUUGCUCAUCACGCGCUCCUGGGAGAAGGACAAGCCGCUGGGCUCAGGUGAACGCAUCAAAGCCAGCGCUCUAGCUGGCGGAGCUGCUGGCAUGGUUGGCGGACUGCUACGCGGUCCACGAAACAUUGUUCCCGGUGCCAUCAUGUUCAGCAUCUUUGGCGCUGUGGGGCAGGGCGCCGUCAACAAACUGUCAGAAUUGAGAGGGGCGGUUGAGAAUGCCGACGAGGAUUCGAGCUGGCUGAGAUCAAAAUAUAGCCCCCUCAGGAAGCUCACGGAUGAGGAAUAUGAAGCCUUUAUUGCGGAAAAGAUGCUCAAAGUUGAGGCUGAAAUCGCCCUCAUCGACGACAAGAUAACAGAAUUAAAAGUCGAGGAUGCAGCGAGGCAGUCAACCGAAGAAAGGUUUGAUGUCAACACCGGUAGAGAAUCUCUACCCGAAGGCCCAAGAGAUACUCACCUUAUAGAACCCCGCAAGAGCCUGUAA